AUGGAAUUUUUGUUUCAAUCUCUGAAGACUCUCCACCUGAACAUUGCUGGAUCUCGAUCAAAGGAGUUUUAUGAUGACGCAAGUAAAUUCCUGCGAAGCUUGCCACCCUUAACUGAACUUGAAGUAACCGGCUGGCACUUGCGCAUCGGCAUCGAGUCACUCCUCAGCGUCCAUGGGUCUCACUUGCGCAAGUUUACGCUCAGAAAGCCCGCAACUUGGCAGACUUUGAGCGAACAUCAAAUUCGUCAAAUCAGUCGAAAGUGCCCAUUGCUAGAGGACCUAGGAGUUACAAUCGACGGCGCACAAAGUCACACCGAGAAAGCCGAGAUAUACGCGGCUCUAGGGUCAAUGCAAAACCUCAAAUACCUUGAUCUCACUUAUGAAGUCGGUUUUAUGGGGCUACCUAUGAUCCCUAGAGAGGAGACCACCUUAUCGACAGGAACAGAAAGACCCGGCUCUCAGCAUCAUGAGUUGCCCAGCUAUUCUUCGUUUGACGAAUUCGAAAAUAAAUUUUGCGAAGGAGCAUGUGACGAGUCUUUUCGGCUUCGAAAUGGUCAUGUACAGAAGAUGAUGGUUGAUGGUAUCAUGGAUGAAAGGCUUGCUUGUGAGGUUUUCCAAGCCAUCUUGGACGCGAAGACACAAAAUUCACCUGUUCUCAAGGAUCUUAUUAUCAAAGUUAUAGGUGCUCAUGUGCGCAAAGACCUGAUAGAUAUAGUUCACUUGCUUUCCAGUGAUUGGCGUGUGAUAUACGAAACCGAUUUUCGACGUCGUGGCAAAUUGAUUGCUAAAGAAAUCGAGUCAGGCAGGGGCGACAUUGGAGGAAGAAAUAGAAAUCUUCCACUGUGGUUGGAGCCCAUAUUUUAUCGAAUUUUCCCGGCGGCGAAGCCGAAAGGACCACCGCGGAAAUUGUCAAAGAAAUUGGCUGCCAAGAGGGACAAGGAAAAGAGUCAGGCCACUCCGAUGUGGAGGCGCUACAUACAUAGUUUUCCUGCUGCUUCAGCAACAGAAAAUUGA